AUGCGAACCAGCACCCUCUUCCUCGCAUCCUACGCAACACGCACAUAUGCCUUCUCAAUACCGCCAUUGCCUCACCUCCAUUUCCUCGGAGUCGCUAGUGCGGGGCAACAGCAGCAGCCACUGCAAGAUACACUCGAUACGUGGAUACAGCAGGAGGAGCGGAUAGCGCUGGAUAGACUGCUGGCGAAUGUCUCUCCAGGUGGGCGCAAUGUCGAAGGACAGGGCGUAGCACAUGGCACAGUAGUUGCCAGUCCGAGCCAGGAUGGCCCAGAUUACUGGUAUCAAUGGGUUCGAGAUGCCGCAAUCACCAUGAACACCCUCGUCGACGUAUACGCCGAUGACACGUCUUCUCCAUUUGCAGCGUCACUCUCCACGACACUGGACGCCUACACAUCACUGCAGCAAACUAUUCAGCACACACCCAACCCUUCCGGUCGCUUUGACGACCUUUCGGGGCUUGGCGAGCCCAAGUUUGAAAUCGAUGGCACACCAUUCACAGGUUCAUGGGGGCGUCCCCAGCGAGAUGGCCCAGCUCUGCGUGCGCUUACGCUCAUCCACUACCUGCGCGAAUACAACGCGUCACACCCUACACUGUGGACCUCGUCUCGAGCCGACGACUUCUUUGCCUCUUUCUACGAGGCAAGCAUGCCGCCCACCAGCGUCAUCAAAGCCGAUCUCGAGUACGUGAGCCACUUCUGGAACCAAUCUGGAUUUGAUCUCUGGGAGGAAGUCGAAGGGCUGCACUUCUUCACGCUUAUGGUCAGCGCGCGCAGCUUGCGUGAAGGCAGCCAGAUCGCCCGCGCGUUUGGCGACCUUGGCGCGGCGGACUGGUACACGCUGCAAGCUGGGUACAUUGAGAACCUGCUCUCCAAGUUCUGGAACAAGCAAAAGGGCCAUCUGGUUGAGACGCUGUGGAGCAAACGAUCCGGCUUGGACUGCGGUCUUUUGCUUGGCUCGCUGCAUGCUUUGCCUGCUGAUGGCUCUGACGAAGACACUGUCUACCCGCCAUGGUCAGAUGAGGUUCUUGUGUCUCUCCUCGCACUCACGCGUGAUCAGAAGGAUCGCUUCCCUAUCAACAGCAGUCCUCAGUCCUCAUCCGGCGAUGAUGACGAUGAGGCGAAUGCCGAUGACGAGCAACCCUUCGAAGGCACAGGCCUAGGUCGUUAUCCCGAAGACAAAUACAACGGCUACUCCAGCACCCACCACGGGAACCCUUGGUUUCUCUGCACCUCCAGCGCUGCCGAGAUCCUCUACCGCACCGCAUCGCACUUCUCUUCAAUCUCCCACCUAACCAUCUCGCCCACUUCUCUCCCCUUCUACACCUCGCUCCUCGCCUCUUCCAGCCUCGACAUCGACGAGGGAACCUACGGGCCCAGCGACGCGUUGUUCCAUUCCAUCCUCGAGCGUCUCCGCGCUGUGGGUGAUCAGUUCCUGGCAGUCGUGAGAAGCCACGUCGAUGCUGAAGGCAGCAUGAGCGAGCAGUUCGAUCAGAACACCGGAUUCAUGACGGGUGCGCGCGAUCUGACUUGGAGUUACGGGGCCUUUUUGCAGGCUGUGCGGGCGAGGAAGAGGGCGAUGAGCGCGUGA